AUGUUUCAUUUAAGUAGAUUUAGAAGAAAAAAAAUAAAAAAUUUAACUGAAACAGCUGAUAUUAAUAAAUUAAAUGAAGAAUUUGAAACAUUUAAUAUUAAUGUACCAACUUACGAUUUUCAAAUUGAAUCACAUAGUGGUGAAGUAGCUGUUUUAAAUUAUCAUUUAAAGAAAAUCAUUAAACCAAUUGUUAAUUAUCAAGCAAUAUGUAAUAUGAGAAAUUCAUCUUUAGCAGAAGUAGAAGAAUCAACUAAUGAAUUAAUUAAAAAAUUAAAAAAUUUAAAAGAAUUACAAUCUUCAAAAAUUUAUAAAUUUAAACCAUUAUCAACUAUAGUUCAAAUGUGUUCAAUUGAAUUUUUAAAUAAAAUUUCGGUAGUUCAAUGUAAUAAUAAACAAUUAUUUGAUUUAAUUGAUUUUUUUAUUCAAAAUUUAAUUGAAUAUUUGAAAUCGUUGCUUCAAGAAGAUGAAAAUGAAAAUGAGAAUGAAUUUGAUUUAUUAAUUAUAAAUUCAAGUUUCGUAGUCUUUGAUAAUUAUUUAAAUAAUUUUUUAAUUUAUAAUGAUUUAAAAAAUUAUCAAAUUCCAUAUUUAAAUAAAAUUAUAACUGAUAUUUUAAAAAUAUAUCACAGGAAAAUUGAAUUAUUUAAUAUUUGGUUUGAAAGGAAUGGGAAAAAUUUAAAAAACAAUGCGAUUAAUAAUUUACAUUUUAUUAUUUUAAAUUUAUUAUAUAAUGAUUUUGAAAUUUGUGGAUCUGGUAAUUAUUUGGAGUUUAUAAAGUUAAGUAAUUUAUCAGAUAUAAUUUGUAAUUAUUUGAUUGAAAAAUUGGAGUUAUUUGAAUACUUGGUUGAUUUAUAUUUUGAUUCAAUAUUCAUAAGUGAUGAAGUUGAAGAGGAAAUUGAAGUUGAGAAAGCUAGUGAUGAUGAAUUCGAGGAAAAGAUGUUAAGAACUAUUGUAUUGGCUUUAGAAUUUUGUUGUGAAAAAUUAUUUCAAAUUUACUGUUCCACUUUUAAGUCGAGAUAUGAAGAUGAAAAAUUGUUUGAAAAAUGGGAUAAAUUUAAUAAAUUUUUGUUAUCAAUUUUGAGAAUCAUGGAUCAAGAUCAAACAAUUCAAGUAAUACAGAAAUUCUUUGAAGAUGAAACAUUUUUCAAUUUUGCUACUAAACAUUUUGACAAUUAUAACAAACUAGUAUCAAAACAUUAUCAAAAUAUUCAUAAUAAAGGAUACAAAUUUAAAAUCAUAGUUGAUGAAAAUUUCGUUACAUUCAUUAACUAUUUGGUUAUAUAUCUAAAAAAUAACAAUAAUUCAUUCACUUUUUUAUUUGGUGAUGAAGAAAUGAUUGAUGAUGAACUUAUAGUUGAUUCAGAAACUACACUUAGGAGUCAAAUUAUUACAAUUGAAAAUAUUGAAACUAAUGAUUUGGUUGCAAAAUUUUUGUAUGUUAUAAAUAAUCAUUCAAUUUACAUUAACUCAUUCAAUUUUGAUCCUGAGAAGAUUUUAUCAUAUAAUUAUUUAAAAAUAUUAAUACAAUUUUUUCAAAAUGAUCCAAAUUUAAAUUCCAAAAUAAUUGAACUUUCAACCAUAAUAUUUUUAAAAUUUAACAUGGUCAACAAUAUUGAAUUUAUAAAUGUUAUUAAUUUUUUAUAUGAAUCAUAUUUAACUUAUUUAAAUCAAUUUAAAAUUUAUCAAAAAUUUGAAUAUGAUGAAAUUGAAAAAAAUAAAAUAAAAAUUACACCUGUUAUUGUUAAAUUAAGUCAUGUCUUGCUUGAAUUUGAAUUGAAUGAAAUACCUGAAUUAGAUUAUACAAUUUUGCCGAUAAAUUUAAAAUUAUUUCCUCAAUUAUUUACUAAUUUUUACAUUUCAGUAAAAAUAAAAGAUAAAAAAUUUAGAUCACUGGUGAAUAGCUGA